AUGACGGAGGAAGCCGAAUUCAAAGUACCCACCUUUCAGCCGAAAGCACAACGGAAAUCCGCCCUACCACCGGCAUUGGCAUCGAAAGUAAACAUUUCGCUUCCGACCAAAGAGGAAUCGGCCAAUGCCACUCAGUUCGAACAGAAUACGGCUGAAAUUCCCCCAAUUCCAUACAAAGAGCCGAAAUGGUCAGGAAAGUGUUGUUCGUCUCAUGAAUAUAGCUUUGAGGUCGAAAAGAAUGGCGUUAUCAUCGAAUAUAUCAAGGAGCUUGAGAGUAAACCGUUCUGGUUGUUUGGUCGUUUGCCCAACUGCGACGUAAAUAUGGCACAUCCAACGAUCUCACGGUAUCAUGCAAUUUUGCAAUACCGAGCUAAUGUGGAGUCGGAGUCGGAGCCGGAAGAAGCAACACGUUCGACCCACGUAACAGUCGAACCAGGGUGGUAUCUUUACGAUCUGAACAGCACGCACGGUACGUUUCUGAACAAACAGCAGAUACCAUCGCGAACGUAUGUUCGCGUUCGAGUCGGAUACAUGAUAAGGUUAGGUUCCAGUUCACGAACCUACAUCCUGCAAGGACCCUCGGACGAUGAGGAUGAACGUAGCGAUCUAACCAUCACCGAGAUGAAGGCAUAUGUAAAAAAGCAGAAAGAACUACGCCAUGAGAUAGACGAAAUCACACGCAAAGAAGCGGAACGAAUUGAACAGUUGAAAGACGACGAAGGCAUCAACUGGGGUAUGGCAGAGGAUGCCGAUGAAGAGACCGACCUGACCGAAAACCCGUACGCCGCGUCGAACAAUGAGGAGCUGUUUCUGGAUGAUCCGAAGAAAACGUUACGUGGCUAUUUUGAACGGGAAGGCCACGAGUUGGAGUACGAUUUGGAAGAGCUAUCAUCUGGCAUGUACUGCUGCAAGGUAGAACUUCCGAUUGACGAUUCAAACGGAAGGCCUAUUUUAGCAGAAGCUACGCUCAAAGGCAAAAAGAAGGAUGCCGUUGUCCAAUGUGCACUUGAAGCAUGUCGCAUACUGGAUCGCCAUGGACUGUUGCGGCAAGCUAAUCAUGAGCCACGUCGAAGAUUCAAGAAGCAAUCGGAUUCGGAUGACGACGAUGAGUUCCUGGACAGGACGGGUGAUGUUGAGAAACGCCGACAGCGAAAGCAUUCUAUUAAAAAUCCACAAACGCACACAUACGCUGAUUUUAUCCGCAAAGAGGCACAAAUUUUAGAGCGAUUGGAAAUAAUUGAAGCGAAAAUACAAAAAUCACGCCUAAUCAAAGAAGAGACACAUUUGCCAGAGAACGACGAUGAUGUAGACAAAUUUUUACAGAACUUGUCCAAAACGCAGAGUACGGAUAAGUUCGAGGUUCGUAAGCUACGCUUGGAGCAAAAGAAGCUAACUGAGGAAUUGAAUGAUGUUAAAAAGCUCAUCGAGAUGACAAAACCCAUAGACCUGGGAAUUAUUGGAGAAAGGAAACAACUUGACGCUGCUGGCAAGCGAAAUAUGUUGCCUCUGUUCGGCAAACGCAAUAAGCUAAGUAAUACGUUUGGUAUUCGACAAUCCAGCAUAAAAGCAGAGAAGGAUAUUGACUCCGCUUCGUUAGAGGGGAAAUAUUCCACCGAUGAGCCCGUGGAUGUAGAAGUUCCUAAGGAGUCAUUAAAAGUACGUACGUACGGCUCACACGCUACUAAAGUCCAUCAUGGUGCGGAGGACGUUUCGUGCAGCUCAACAACCGCCCGUAAACGAGCGUCCCUGAUAGUAGAUGACGCGAACGAUGCCAAUUCCACACCAGAUGAUAAUGGCGGUGCUAGCGGUAGUAAGAAACGGCGCUCGCGGCAACGAUUGCGCGAUAAUUAUAGGACCCGUGAAAAUGUCGACUUUGACGAUAGUGUCGAACUGGAACAUGUCGAUAAAAAUGUGGAAUGGGUACCUCCAUCCGGUCAAACUGGUGAUGGAAGAACUUCCUUAAACGAAAAAUUCGGAUAUUAGAUGUAUCUUGCCUCAAAUGUUUAGUGUUCAUAAACCUUUUUUUUUGCCCUUAUCAAUAAA